UCCCACUCGCCUACCAAACGUAAACAAACCUAUCAACGCCAGUGCAUUACUCAGAUAGCUUUUUGAAAUGGUUUCAAGUACCUUACGGAAUUUGUACAGUACCACCUUUAGUCAGGCCAAUUCUGCAGAAAGCGCCCUUUUCGCCGUGGGGAAUAAUGAAGGGAAAAUUACUGUGUUUGACUUAAAAGGUGUGAAUACAAGUCGAGAAACAGGAGUUGGUGAGAGAAUAAAGGGUCCAUACCAGGUCAUCAAUGCACAUAGUGAUGCAGUGUACUCUAUGGUAUCCACAGAUACCUUCUGUAUAUCUGGAACAACAGGCUUAAUAGCGGGUCGCAAAUGGACUGAUCUUCGUGAACAAAAAAGUCAGCCAGCUUGGACCAUAUCCCUGGAGUGUGACCAAGCAAACUUUGGAACCCCAGAAGUCAAUGGUCUAGCAUAUGACAGCAUACGAGGGCUUGCUUAUGCAGCAUGUGGCGAUUGGCGGACACAUGUCUAUGAUCUUGAAACUGGAAAACGCACUCAAACAUUGGAAGGUCAUGAAGAUUAUGUUCAUGAUGUUGUAGUGGGAGGUAGUUUAGUGGCAAGCAGUGGAGAGGAUGGAAGUGUUUUAGUGUGGGACCCAAGAGCUGGACGAGAACCUAGACACAGGAUAGUCCCCCAUGAGUUGGAGCAGUUGGCAAGACCUAAUCUUGGGAGAUUUAUUUCUUCCCUUGAUCUCAACAAUGAUUGGCUGGUAUGUGGAGGAGGACCAAAAGCAGGUAUAUUCCAUUUGCGAUCAUUGGCUCUCACCACAGUCCUGCCACCUGCUAAAGCUGCUGUUCAUGUGACUAAAUUUACAAGAAAUGCUGAAGGUGGUGACAGAGGGGGGAUUGUGGUUGCAGGAAUUUUGCCUCAUUUAUCUGUAUGCAGUAUGGCAGGUGAAGUGACUGCACAGCUUCCAUCCUCAUCACCCAGUAUCUAUACAGUCAGCAUCACAGACAAACCAUUCACAAUGAUGACUUACGGAGGAAUGAGUACAAAGAUAGAUGUUUGCUUCAAUCUGAAUUACCGUGACCAUUCUGUUUCCUUGCUGGAAGACUGAUAUUGAUGAAUAUAUUUUUGGGAAUAAACUUUUUUUUUUUUUUAAUGAUGAAAAUGCAGGAAUAUGUCUAUUAGUGCAAAACUCAUAUUCCAGUUUAAGCAUUGAUUUUAGAUUCCUUUGACAUACAGCUGCCAAAAAUAAAUUGCAAUUUUCUUUUAUGAUUUAUUUGUUUUAAUUAUCAUUGAAAUAUAUAUGCUUAUCUAAGAAUGUAUUUGUAAAGAAAGUAAAUCAUAUUUACUAUAAUUUCUUGUGUUUUCUUAUAUCUGACAUAUAAUAGGUUAGUGUCUAGUUCCCACUUUACAGUCUAUAAAAAAUUUGACUGAUUAGUUGGAGAGCAUUUUUGUAGCUUCUUAGAGCUACAUCAUCUUCAUCAAAUUUUAUCCCUAAAACUCUAGUUACUAGUGUUUCUACCUUUUUUAUUCACUUUUCACUUUAUUAUUAUUAUCUGGAUCUUUUCUGGGGCUACUGCUUCUUGUCAUUGAUUACCCCUACAUGGGAAGGACUGCCAGUCUGUGCUUAGCAAGAUGCUAGACUUCUGUCCACCCCUCUUGCUUUUAGGAUGAGAUUUAGUAGGUCAUUAGAAUACAUGUUCUUAAGUGAAGGCCCACGAACACAUGAAGUUGUCAAGAAGAUUGUGUGGACCCAGGGCCAUACAUGACCAUAUGCACAUGUAAUAAUGCUAUGUAAUGUAAGGAGUACAUCAGCUGAAUAGUUUUUCUUAAAUCAGAACUACCUUUCGUUUAAGAAAUUGUCCUUGGUAGGGAAUUCCAUCAUUUAGUUGGCAAUGAUUGCUUCUAUUAUUUUUGUUUCUUUAUGAACCGCGUUCAUGUUGACAAAUGUAUAAAAGGUAUGAAUGAGAAUGAAUAUCUUCACAAUACAAGAGAUGUAUUUGACCGGUUUCGACUUUGUCUUCGUCAGAAAGUCAAAACCGGUCAAAUACAUCUCUUGUAUUGUGAAGAUAUUCAUUCUCAUUCAUACCUUUUAUUGUUUCUUUAUGUAGCACUAUGUUAUUGAGGGUUCUUUUGCAUGUCAUUGUUUUGAGAAAUGUUCAAUCUCUCUCUCUCUCUCUCUCUCUCUCUCUCUCUCUCUCUCUCUCUCUCUCUCUCUCUCUCUCUCUCUCUCUCUCUCUCUCUCUCUCUCUCUCUCUCUCUCUCUC